AUGAGGACCGCGGGCACCUUCAACGAAAAGGAAUACCAGAUCUACCAUCACGAUAGCCAAAAUGCACUGAAUAUCGACGCGAUGGAGAACAUUCCGGAGGUAACUCUCACUCAACCCGAGCCACCCCUCGUCAAUAAUAUCAGUGUUGCCGUCAAUAGUACUCCACAUGUGGUACUACGAGUCGAGUCGGACGACGAGAAUAGCGGCGAGGAGGGCACCGGAUUGGAAUUGGUGGAAUGCGGCGGGACGACUCGCCACAAACGCUCGAUCCGCUCGAUCUCGCCGACCUCGACCGAGUUGAUGCCUUUGCAGAAGAAGAUUUCCUUGAUGUACAAGCAAUUAGUUCUGGCUACGGAAGCGGCUAAUGACGAUGAGGAUACCUUUAUUACGGUCUUUACUGGUUGUGGUGAUGAGUUUUAUUCGUCUGGAAAUGACUUCAGCCCGGCGGCCGGUAAUGUACCUGACAUGGACGAAAUCGACCCGCAGCCCCUGCACAAAGUCUGGACGAAUCGGUUGAUCAAACAUAAAAAGGCACUGAUCGCCCUGGUGAAUGGGCCGGCGAUAGGCAUCGCUUGUACGACGCUGGCGCUGAUGGAUCAUGUGAUCAUCUCCGACAAGAGUUACUUCCUCUGCCCGUUCACGCAGUUUGGAUUGUGCCCGGAAGGAGCUUCGAGCCACACUUUUGAAAACAUUAUGGGUCGGGCCAAGGCCGGAUCCCUCGCUCUCUUCGCCGAGAAAAUGUCCGCUCAAGAAGCUUUCCAAUGUGGCUUUGCCUCCAAGAUCAUCCCACACGAUCGCUUCCGUGAGGAGACCGGCAAGCUGCUUGAGAAAUACGCCAAGCUGGCUCACCACAGCGUCAUCGCCUCAAAAGCGCUUCUGCGUCCUCGUGAAAUUGUCGACAAGCUAAUUGCUGUAAAUGAGCGCGAAACCGAAGUCCUUCGCGAGCUUUUCACGCAUGAGGCCACCAUCGAGAGACUGAUGGCCCGCUUCGUCCUGAAGAGCAAAAUG